AUCUGCAAGUUUGAGUUUUUAGAUCGAGAUGGGUUCAAUUCCUCAUUACUCGAAUACCGAUCCUUCAAGAUUGAGUUUAUACAUACCCAAAACCAUAAGAGAUUUCCUUGGAGAGAUAACAGCGAUCGGUGAUCGGCCAGAGAGAUUAUCUAAAUUAGAUGAUUUCAUAAUGAUGUUAGAGCAAGAGAAGAGAAAGAUCGAUGCUUUCAAACGGGAACUUCCUUUCUGCAUGCGUCUUAUACAAGAUGGUAAUUUGUUAAUUAAAGAUUCUGUUUUUUUUUUUUGUUUUUGAUUCCUUGAAAUAUGUGUUCUUGUAAUCUUGUUGUUGCAGUGAUUCAGAUAAUGAAAGAGGAAGCUACGAAUUACAGGAGAUUGAAUCUACAAGCGGUUGGAUAUUUACAAUUGAUGAAUAAAUCUGAUGAGAAUAGAGAUAAGAAAACUUGGUUAAGCUCUGCUCAGCUAUGGAAAACUGAUGAUUCAAAAAACUGUGACGUUAAGAAGAAUUGGAUUGCGGUGGGAGAUCCGAUGAAUAAUAAUGGAAAAGGAAAGAAACCGUUACUGAAUUUGACGGCGGGUUGUUCGAUGUUUCCGGUGAUUCGAGCAAGAAAUGAAGAGAGAGUUGAAUUACCAAUUUCUGGAUUGUCACUUGUAAUUCCUGGAAUGAAGAUUGAUUCUGUUUCUAAGAUUUACUAUAGUGAGAAAGGAAAUUCCUCGUCUACCCCUGUUUCUCAAUCUAAUUUGCGGAUUGUACCACAUCCGGCGCCGGUGCCUUAUAGGAAAGAAAGACGGUCCUGGUCUAAGGAUUUGCACCGGCGAUUCGUCGCUGUUUUGCAGCUUCUUGGUGGCUCUAAUGUGGCGACUCCAAAACAGAUAAGGGAACAUAUGAAAGUCGAUGGAUUAACUAAUGACGAAGUGAAGAGUCAUUUGCAAAAAUACCGGCUUCAUAAAAGAAAGACGGAGGCUGCAGCUGCGGCGGCGGAGGAGAAUUAUCGACCUAGAAUAGGGCUUGGUGGGGGGUCGAUGAUGAUGACUCUUGAAGAGUAUACAAAAUCGAAUCAUAGAAGUUCUCUUUCUGGGUCUCCUCAAGGUCCAUUGGAUUUGACUGUUGGAAAAGGGGAUUUGAAUGUUGGAAAUGGUGGUGGAGGGACGAGUGUGGAGGAAGAAGAUGAGAGUUAUGACAGGAAAAAUCAAGUUAAGGGAUCUGGUUAGUUGGUAAAGAUAGACAAAGUUUCUUGAGAUUUAGUAAUAAUGUUUUGAAAUUUUAUAAUAAAGUUAAGGAGGAAUAGAGAAGGGAGAGAAAUGAAUUUUGAAUAUUGAGUUAUUAUGGUUGUUUAUUGAAGAAGUUUGA